AUGGACAACACAACCCCGUUGACGGAUGUCAUCCUUGCAACACUCAAGGAGCGCGAUCUCCUAGCCAAUAGAGAUGCGAUCGAGGCUUCUCUGAAGGAUCCCAUUUCAUGCGAGAAGACUGUGGAAUGGGUGUCAAAGCACCUCAAACCGGAGACCCUCCUUUCACGGGAGGAGCUGACAUUAUGGACAAAGCUUGAGAGCUCCAGUGACCUCCACGCCCUCCUUCGUGACCCCGAACUUGAUGCGACUCGACCCUUGCUCGAGGACGAGAUUCAAACAGCGAUACAAUCCCUCGAAGCUUCAACUGCAGCCAUCCGAAAGCACACAGAGACACUAUCACUGCAAUGCCGAACCAUCAAAAAGCAAAUUCAAACUCGAGAAAGCUUGGAUCAAGAUCGAAUUCGAGAUAUCGCGAGACUGCGGAAGAAGCAUGAAGCGGGGACGCAAAACACGAGGAUCAUGGCAAACGAACUUUCCGACGAGCUCGAUUCUAGCUUAAGGGGUAUAACAGAGAAGAUAGGAGUGGAGAAUAAGCGAAUUCUCUCAUCUUUAUCUACUCAGCUAAAGCAUGACGACAGGAUUCUCGCCAACCUCGAGAGUACCAUAUCUGGAGUCAAGUCAAAUGAAAAUGGCGCGUCCAGUGCCAAGCGAGCAACUCAACUGAGUGAGAUUCUUGCGGAAUUGAGCGCCGAUGAGAUCCAUUAUCGCCUGGAUCGAUUAUAUCUCGAGACCAUUCAUUCGAGUACAUUUGAUGCCUGCCCGGGUACCAUAGAAGAUGAGACGAUUGCCGUUCUGGAAGAAGAACUGGAAUCUCUCCAUCCGGAGAUUGAGAUCCUAUCGGAAAUGUACGCAAAGCAACAAUUCCACGAGCCCAUUCUGCGCGAAGUCCAGAAUGAACAUGACCACCUUCUGGCCACGUCGCAGCAAAAAUUAGAGCAGGUGUGUAUUCCUUCAAGGCUCUUCGAGACUCCUUUGAAAACAACCGAUAUGAUCAAAGUUAACAAAUAUCAGGUCCUCGACCUCCUUGUGGAUAUGACUCUGUCCAAGCAGGCCCUGACCAAACAGCUUGGAGAUCGAGCGUCUUCCUGUGAAUUGUUCGAGCAACUUGCCUCCCUCUACCAGGCAGAAGCUGGGAGUCCACUUGUACCACCACCAUCUUCUCGACGAGAAUCCCUGCGACGAAGAUCCAUGCAACCGGGUAUGCUUCUCACGGCCACCCGCAACCCAGUCCCGACGCCUGAACAACCCGCCCUUGAAAGUCUCCUGCGGCGGAUCGGAGUAUCGCCCGAAUCUGUACUUCGCCCACGAGGGGAUGAUGGUGGUGUCCCGGAGCUUUAUGAUAAGCGGCAGCAUCUGUCCCAGACGCUCCAGAGCCUUCGGGUUGCGGUGGACUCGCCGCUGGUGACCCAAUUGACCCCUUCCGAUCAUGCAUCCCAGCGUCUGUUCUCAUCCCUACAAGCCCACUCACAUUAUGAGCCAUCCUUGCGCGAUCCCGACCAGGAGCAAGCGCUGUCCGACCUAGAGGUGAAACUGAGUGCACUUCAGAAGGGAUUGCAGGGACUCCAUCUGGAUGUUUUGCACCAACGAGACAAAGCCCAGGAUCGGUUCCUCGAACGUUGGACCUAA